AUGGGGCAGAUGAACUAUUCCUCAGUGAUGGAGUUUGUCCUUGUCGGUCUUCCACACCCUGAAGUGAUGAAAAUUCCACUUUUCAUGUUGUUUUCAUUUAUUUACUUGUGUACUCUUUUAGGGAAUGCUCUCCUAAUUUUAGCAGUGAAAGGAGAUCCUCACCUCAAGAAACCUAUGUACCUCUUUCUUCUAAAUCUUUCUUUCUUAGACAUUUGGUUAUCAACAGUCACACUGCCCAAAAUGUUGACAAACUUUUUACAGAAGGAAACCACUAUCUCUCUCCAAGGAUGUAUUAGCCAGUUAUAUUUCUUUCACUUUUUGGGAAGCACUGAAUGUUUUCUCUAUACGGUCAUGGCAUAUGAUCGCUUUUUGGCCAUUUGUAGGCCAUUACAUUACCCAAUCUUAAUGAACUUGAAGCUGUGUACACAGUUUUCUGCUAGCAUUUGGUUAAUUGGCUCUCUUCACUCAAUGAUACACACUACGUUAACCUUUCGUCUCCCUUUUUGUGGUCCAAAUAGGAUUGACUAUUUUUUUUGUGAUGUAAUUCCAAUGUUGAAACUUGCAUGUGCAGACACCACUCUAAACAAAGCCAUAAUAAUAACUAACAUUGGGGCUGUUGCUUUCAUUUGUUUCUUAAUGAUUUUAAUAUCAUAUGCCCAUAUAGUAAACAUGAUCCUGAAGAUAAAAAGUUCUGAAGGAAGACGUAAAACUUUCUCCACAUGCGCAUCACACAUGAUUUCUGUGUUUUUCUUCUAUGGACCUCCUGUCUUUAUUUAUUUGAGUCCCAACUCUAUAGACUAUGCCAUAGAAGAAUCAGUUGCUGUGUUCUAUACUGUUAUAACCCCAAUGUUAAAUCCCCUCAUUUACUCUUUGAGAAACAAUGAGGUGAAGACAUCUAUAAAAAGGAUGAAAUGUGACAAACUGUAUGAAUAA